AUGUCUGACUGGGAUACGAAUACUAUUAUCGGUAGCAGAGCAAGAGCUGGUGGUUCUGGCCCAAGGGCCAACGUUGCCAGAUCUCAGGGUCAAAUCAAUGCUGCAAGAAGGCAGGGGUUGGUUGUUUCCGUUGACAAAAAGUACGGUUCAACCAACACCAAGGGUGACAACGAGGGUCAAAGGUUGACCAAGGUCGACCGUGAGACAGAUAUCGUCAAGCCCAAGAAAUUGGAUCCAAAUGUCGGUAGAGCCAUUUCACGUGCCAGAACGGACAAAAAAAUGUCGCAGAAGGACUUGGCAACUAAAAUUAACGAGAAACCAACAGUGGUAAACGAUUACGAAGCUGCUAGAGCCAUUCCAAACCAGCAAGUUCUGUCAAAGUUAGAAAGGGCCUUAGGUGUUAAAUUGAGAGGUAACAACAUUGGUUCGCCUUUGGGAGCUCCAAAGAAGAAGUGA